CACUUCUCCCGCGCACUUCCGUUCCGUGGACUCGCCGUCGUCUCCCUCGCGCGCUCUCAGUAUUAGUAGGAGUAGGAGAGGCCAUGUGGACCAGCUUAUCGACAUGCUUCCCACGCAGAUGCUCCCCAGCUGCAAGGCGCCGCACUUCCGGAAAGGAAACCCGGCUGGCCGCGAGGUGGUAGUUGCUGCAGCCGCCGUCGACGUGUGCCUCGCCGCGGCCGCCAUGGUCGGCGCGGCGCUGCUGGCGUGGUGGGCGCUCGCGUUCCACCCGUCCUACGCCCAGCUGUGGAUGGUGCCCCUCGGCCUCGUGCUCGCCUGCACCCCGGUCGUUGUCGGCGUCGCGCUCCACUUCUCCGCCCCGCGCGUGCCGGGCAAAGGCGUCGCUGGUGCGCCGCUGCCGUUGUCCGCGGUGGUCGUCGACAAGUAGCGCUUGGAUUCAUUUUUUUUUUUUGUUUCACUCAAUUGUGCCGUUAGAUGGAUCCUAAUUUGUUAAGAAUCAUGAUUAUUAAUUGAGGCCCAUGCAUGUAGCUAAUGGCCGAAAUCCAGCUGAUGAUUGAUUUCAGUCGACUGGCCAACAGAUUUUGUGAGGCUCGCCGGCGAUAGUCUUGCCCGCGCCGAUGAUAGCGACGACAUGGUGGCCCGGGGGGGUUUUGGGGAUGGAUGUGUGCCAUGGAAUACCAAAAUUAAUAUAACUUUUUCUAAAAGAAGGUAAUUACUUGGCAUCAUUGUUAGCACUCGAUCAUCAGGGCUCUCAACUUGUAUGUAACAGCCCGGUAUUGGCCCCGAUGCAAGCGUGCGCAUAUGUUCUUCUAGUUUUCAUUCACAUGAGCUAAUAGGUUUGAGGACCCAAUUCCUUUUAAGUACCCUUUGCUCUCUAUCUUCACUAACAAGGUUUGACAAAAAAAAAACUAUAUUCUCCCUUCACAUGUUUAAGAUUUUUAGAAAUUAUUUUUAAAUAUAUAAUACGUCAAGUCCAUAUAUUCUAGGCUAACGUCUAGUUGGUGAGUACGAGUUAUAUUCCAUUCAUGACCCAGCUGGUCGAUGCUUGCCGGGUCGGCCGACGAAUACCUUCACCGUGGAAAUUAUGUAGAAGAGAUCGAACCUUCCCUUGUUCUUACCCUUGGAGUUUGACCCGAGGUAGACAUGUACUGUGCCGAUUUUCCACCUUGGAUGUGCUCUCGUGAGAAUUGAAGCGAGAAACGGUGACACCUGGGAAAGAGACAGCAUGCAUGCAGCUACUAGAUAAAAGGCCGGCCUUGUUGCAACACUUGCAGCUUGCAAAACAGUCUGUAUAGAUACGCAUACACUCCUGAUCGAUCGAUCUGUUGGAACAAAGAAAAAAAUAUGGAUCGAAA